GAGCCCGGCGCUUCCAUGGUGCGGGAAGGCGGCAUGGCCCGGACCCCCUACAGCUCCACGCAGGACAUCCAGAUGGACGUCUUGGACAACGCCGCGCUCCAGGGCAAGUACAGCAGGCGCAAGAGCCGCUUCAAGCGCUCGGACGGCAGCACCUCCUCCGACACCACCUCCAACAGCUUCGUCCGGCAGGGCUCGGCCGAGUCCUACACCAGCCGCCCCUCGGACUCGGAUGUGUCGCUGGAGGAGGAUCGGGAGGCGCUGCGCAAGGAGGCCGAGCGCCAGGCCAUGGCUCAGCUGGAGAAAGCCAAGACGAAGCCGGUGGCGUUCGCCGUGCGCACCAACGUGGGCUACAACCCCUCGGCCACCGACGACGUGCCCGUGCAGGGCAUGGCCAUCUGCUUCGAGCCCAAGGACUUCCUGCACAUCAAGGAGAAGUACAACAACGACUGGUGGAUCGGGCGGCUGGUGAAGGAGGGCUGCGAGGUGGGAUUCAUCCCCAGCCCCGUCAAGCUGGAGAACAUGAGGCUGCUGCAGGAGCAGAAGAUGAGGCAGAACCGCCUGAGCUCGAGCAAAUCGGGUGACAACUCCAGCUCCAGCCUGGGUGAUGUGGUGACAGGGACACGCCGGCCCACCCCCCCGGCCAGCGGUGGCCUGGACAUGCCUAGCUUUGCCUUUGAUCCCGAUGAGUUAGAGGAGGAGGAGGCCAUGGAGAUCCAGCGCUCCCCUAAAAGUAGCGUGAGCAGUGUCACCACCCCCCCUGCCCACAACAAGCGCAUCCCUUUCUUUAGGAAGACCGAGCACGUGCCCCCGUACGACGUGGUGCCCUCCAUGCGCCCCAUCAUCCUCGUGGGGCCGUCGCUGAAGGGGUACGAGGUCACGGACAUGAUGCAGAAAGCGCUGUUUGAUUUCCUGAAGCAUCGCUUUGAUGGCAGGAUCUCCAUCACGCGGGUCACAGCUGACAUCUCGCUGGCCAAGCGCUCCGUGCUCAACAACCCCAGCAAGCACACGAUCAUCGAGCGCUCCAGCACCCGCUCCAGCCUGGAUGUCUUGGCCGAGGUCCAGAGUGAGACUGAGCGGAUCUUCGAGCUGGCCCGGACGCUGCAGUUGGUGGCCCUGGAUGCUGACACCAUCAACCACCCGGCCCAGCUGGCCAAGACCUCCCUGGCCCCCAUCAUCGUCUACAUCAAAAUCACCUCCCCCAAGGUGCUGCAGCGGCUGGUGAAGUCCAGGGGGAAGUCACAGGCCAAGCACCUCAACGUGCAGAUGGUGGCCUCGGACAAGCUGGCACAGUGCCCGCCUGAGAUGUUCGACAUCGUGCUGGACGAGAACCAGCUGGAGGAGGCCUGCGAGCACCUGGCCGAGUACCUGGAGGCUUACUGGAAAGCCACGCACCCGCCCAGCAGCAACCCCCCGAACCCGCUGCUGAACCGCACCAUGGCCACGGCCGCGCUGGCCGCCAGCCCCGCGCCCGUCUCCAACCUCCAGGCUCCGUACCCGGAGGGGGAGCACGGCCACCUCCGGCAGGGUCCGGGGGACUCGGGGGGCCGUGGGCAGGGCAGACCCCCCCUGCCACCCACCCGCCCGGGACCCCGCAGCCUGUCCCGCCAGGACACCUUCGACUCGGAGGCGCCGGGCAGCCGGGACACGGCCGGCACGGAGCCCGGGGAUUCCUGCUGUAUGGACAUCGAGAUGGAUCCCGUCGAGGAGGAACCACCGGGCAGCCCCGGGACCGGACCCCACCCGCCCCCCGGCUCCUGGGACGGGGCCGAGCCGGGGAGGGAGAGCCGGGGGCUGCGGGGCCGAGCCAAGGGCCGGGAGCCCCUGGGCCAGAGCGCCGGGGAGGGCUGGGGCCGGGACGUUUACAUGCGUUAG